CAGGUCAUGCCUUGGCCUUAUUCGUCCAAGGUGUCUGACUGAAACUUGACCCAUAUUUUGAGACGCGUUGAUUCGGCUGACGAGAGUUAAAACAGGAUAUAUUUGGAGAUUUCCGCAUUGUCAUCAUAGUACUCCUUGCUUGUGGUCUAUGACGAGGCUGCUCAAUGGCUCCUGAAAGACCAUGUCUGGAGGAUGGCCCUGGAGUUGCUGUUGCCCACGUGUUCUCUCUGAAUUCCAAUACAAUGUUGUUAAAGGAGGGCGAAAACACGCUGAUAGAAGAACAGGUCGGUGUGGAAGAUGAUGAUCUGACAUCUCUUUCAUGGCUUGUGCAGAAUAAAAAUAUAUUGAAGGGGAUAAAUUUGAAGCCUGGAGCUGCCCAAACGUCUCCUACAAGUGACUUUGCUGAAGAUGGAAGUAGCAUCAGUGAGAAAAGUGAACGAGGGGAUUCAACCAGUUCUUCUGGCACUGAACCGGUCAGUGUCACAAGUGGGAACACUGGUAGUACUGCUGUGACAUUUAUUGACACGGAUCAUUCUGUCAUUAAAUCUGUCAAGACUUCCAAGCAGAAACAUCCUCAUCAUAUUCCUUAUGAUCCCAUGGUUCAUGUCAAUUCAAAGCCACCAUACUCCUUUUCGUGUCUCAUAUUCAUGGCUAUUGAGGACUCACCAGCUCGUGCCCUUCCUGUGAAGCAAAUUUAUAACUGGAUCCAAUCACAUUUUCCCUUCUACCGCAAUGCUCCAACAGGGUGGAAAAAUUCUGUCCGGCACAACCUCUCCUUGAACAAAUGCUUCUGCAAAGUGGAGAAAGCUCCUCAUCUGGGCAAGGGAUCCCUGUGGAUGGUUGACCCCGUUUUUCGGCCAAAUCUGCUGCAAUCUAUCAGUAAAGCACCUGUUAAUUCACUGACAUUUUUGGAGCGACCAUCUUCUCACUUGAUGAAUUUGAAUGGUCCUGAACCCAAAUCAAAUGGAAAUUCUUUAAAAUACUUGGGAAGCAACAGCCAAAAAGGACAGAACAAGGUUUCACGGCUGCCGAAUGCAGAGUUGUUCCCAUUCCUCAGUCGGCGACUAGCAGCAUCUGGAGUUGAAAUCCCAGGGGUAAGCCGUCUUGAAAUUGAAGGGGAGACUGAUGAUGAGGAAGAUGAAGUUGAUGCGGCGCAGGCUAUGCUCUCACUAAAGCAUGGCCCACGAGUUUUGGGUUCCAAGACAGAGGAUAUUUACAAACGUCCUUAUAUCAGAAAAAUGAACAGUCAAAGAACUAGGAAGUCUUCCAUUUCUGUACCUGUUAUUACAUCAUCGCCCAGUGAAGACCAUACUUAUAGCGCAGGAGCCAGCUUGUCACCUGAUGAAGCUUAUGGUGAAGGCUCCGACACAGAUGAUGGGACUGAAAUCACUCCUGGUCAUCCAAGUCUGCCAGAUGAAUCUGUCGCAUCUGACUCAGAAGAACAAAGGCGUAUUGCUGAAGGAGCUGCAGAUGCUCUUUUAAACUUGGCAGGUUUCCGGCCUAAACACAAUUUGUCGGUUGAUUCUGGUCACAGUAUCUCGCGGCCAACCCCGACCUCAGAGAAACCUUCUCCCCCCAAGAGAGCUCGCAGACAAAGGCAACAAUCACAUAAUGGAGGUUCUGACUCAUCAAGGCAACAACACCUACGAUCCAUCCGCAAGCAGGAAAAAAUUGCUCUUGAACAAGAGCUUCUGGACCGUAAGAACAUAAUGAAAGCAGAAAUAUUAGCUGAUUUAGCCGUAAUUCGUAACAAUAACAAUAUUGUGUUAGGUGAAGAGAUGUCCAAAGCCACAUCCGCACAAACCCGCCCUGUAAAAUUAAAGCCCAAACGUCAAACUGGGUCUCACCGUAAAAUGAACUUAGAUAUUAAUCGGAUGUCUACUGGAGACAAUGCCUCUACCAGUAGCAUUCAGUUGGAUAAGAAGCUGAAUCUUUCACAUAAGCGUAAACAUUGGUCUCAUGACGGCAAUGUAAGGAAAAGUCGUAGGUAGAAGAUUGUGUGAAUUAAUUAAGAGACAAUUAUUGGUGUCAGCAAGGCCGUGGAUUUAUUGAAUCCUGUUAUCUAGUCAUUCCUUUAAAUUACUCUAGAUGAAAUUUAAAGAUUAAUUGGUUGUGACAAACAUUGGUAAAUUUUAAAGCUUCUUUUACCAAGCUGUUAUUAGAAUGUUAUACAUUCUCCCUUUUCUUCCUAUUCUUCCUAUUUGUUGUAUGCUCAAGCACUUCCUUUAAAGAUGUAACUUUGGCUGUAUGUUCUGGCCAGGUGCGAGAGUACUAUUUUAGGGCAGGAAUCAAUAUCCCAUAGAAAUUAUUGUGUCAAAGCGCUGUAGAGAAGUUUGGCUUAAACUGAUGGUCAGGAUUCUCCUGAACUUCUAUUUACCCAAACAUUGUUGGGUACAUUCAUUUUAGGAUGACUAUUCAACCUGUUUUUUUCAACUUGUUGAAUACUUUUUGUUAUGGAUACUCUUUUGUUUUGUUUUUUAAAUAAAAAAAAACUUACAUUGUCUUCUAGUGACCAAAAUUAAAUCAAAUUUAUUAUCAGUAGUGUUUUGCACUGAGGUAUGUGCUAUGUAAAGAUUUGGUAUCCUUCCAACAUUUUUUUGCCAAUGUCACUUGGUAUCUUUCUUAUGUUCUUCUCUGCUUUGACACAAUAUGGUGCGGCACUUCUUGCUGGUCAUUGUCAUUGCCUCUUCCCUCCCUUUUAGUGUUGUUACCCGGUAUUUUUAGUACCGACUUACGUAGUUGUUUUGUUUGUAUUAAGUUUUUAUGUAGAUUUAAGAUUAAACAGCAUGUAAAAUGGUUCUGUUCCUAGUUCAACUUUUCCCCCUUUUUUUUCUUUAAAUUUUGAAUGGAACUGGUCAUAAUAAUUUACAUACCUUAGUAUGUAACUGUUGAUUUGUCAUAUUUUUUAUUGUGUUGUUAUGAUAUACUGGCUUUCUAAUCAUGAGUGUAAAGAAAAUGCAUUGCUGUGAUGUUCAUCUAUUUUGAGCACUUUGUCUUAUCAUUUCUCCUGACUUUCUAUACUAAUGAAGGUAGAAUUUGAAAACGAAAAUCUGCUUCUCUUAUUCUUUGCAUACUUUUGGAGGGUUUUCUACCAGUCGCUAUGUUGCGCAUGUGAGAUUAAAUGCUGAAUCCUCUUGGGCAACCUCUAUGCACAAAGCAUUGACAUGGUGGUUUCUCUUUCCACUUUUGAAGAUAUUCUUAGCUAGUUUGAAAAUGAAAUAUGAUCACCAUCUAUUGGAGGUUCAGAACCAUUACAGGAUACUUGUUAAGGGAAUAAUAUGAAUGUAAAAUGCAGCAAUAUCUUCUGUGUGAUCUUCAAUCUGUUAAUUUAUAACAGUUUUUUGUAUCAAUAAUGUCAUCCUACCAUGUAUCUUUCAGCAAUAAUAAUUUUAUCUUGACGAUUUUUCUGCUUUGGAUGGAAAAGAAUGACUGGAUGUGUGUAUGCCAAAGAUGUAAUGCCUUUGUAAAGACCCUGCUCGUUUAAGAUGCCCAGUACCUUAAUAGUAACUUACAACUGUCUGGUAAUUCCAUAUGUCUUGGCUUCCUUAGGCUCUUCCAUUUUCAUGUUAUCAUGUACCCUUAUCAUAAGUUUAAUGUUUGGCACUCUUUAAAGUGAUGAGCCUCGGUUGUUAUUCUUUUCUGAUCCCCACAGAUUGGGUUGUCAUUACAAAUUUGUGGAGGUAAAAUGAGUAAAGUAUAAGUUUCGUCAAACAAUUGUACUUGGUGGUUUCAUGCCAAUUAAAAGCAGCAUGUUUAAUAUUUUUGUGCAGGUUGGUUAUCAGCAAUCUCUUGCAAUUCUAAUAAGGGACAAUAUGAAAUGGUUUUCCUUCUUUGGAUUGUUAUGCUACGUUCCAUUGUCAGUUGCCUUGAACGUCCUUGGUAAAGAAACUCCCUCAUUUAAAGAGGAAUGUGCCAAUAAUUCACAUUGUGAUCUUUUUACUAUUAAAUGACAUUCUGACUAUUGUAGAACCCCAGGACUUCGUUAUUUCAAGUAAUGGCUUGGCUUUUAUAUUAGAUAAACACUAUGUUAACCCUGUUAAAACAAAGUUAAAUUCUACUGUUUUCUCAAAAAUAUUUUUCAAAAUCAGUAUUUUGUACUGCUUGUUAUUAUUGAUUUUUUUUUUCUGCAAGUUAGUGCAAAGCAGUUUGACUGCUCAAGCAUACAUUAUUCUUUUAGACAGGGUCUUGUUGCUAAUGUUUGCAUGUUGGUGUGCAUGUUAUUGUUUCUUUAAUAUUAUUUUGCUGUGUUUAUUAAUACUUCAGUUUAAUCAUUCUUUAGUACCAGACUUUAUUAUUGUAUUCUCUGAGUAGGACAAAGAGGUGCAGAGAACUUCCUUUUUUACAGACUGCUUCAGUUUAGUGUGCCUCUUUCGUGUAUUUAUUUACAGCAUUGUACUUUCUUGUACUUUCUUGUAAGGGAUGCUCAUUCAAUGGAACUUGCAGCUGGAAUCAACUGUGGUGAGCUAUUUGUCAUGCUUCUGUGAUUCAAAUGUGCCAAGAGAUAUAAGCACUUCAAUAUGCAAUAAAGUUUGUAGUGUCUUUAAGUUGCUUUCUGUUAUUAUUAUCUGAUAUCCUUUUCGGCUGAAUGAUUUGUAUGCUUUGCUUCUGAUCCAGUUUUAGAUUCAUUGUUUUGUUCUUUUUAGUUCAGUGCAUGUGGCAAUGCUUUCCUACCCUGCUCAUGUCACCUUCAUUUAUGAAAUAGAUCAUGUAAUUUCCAGAAAUUAAGUGAUAGUCAUUAAUCAAAUCAGGAGUCAAUUAAAGUUAGAAAUAUCUUUAAAUAAUGUAGCUGUAUUUAAGUGGAAUGUUCUGAACUUCCUAGAAAAAAUCAGUCACUUAUUUAUGCAAUCUUCUCUAUAUUCUUGAUGCAAUUUCUAGGUACAAAAUUUUUGUAGUUGACCUGUAUUAUUAAGUAUUGUUUCUGUUGUGAAAAUUUUUUAUCUUUCCAGUUUGGAAAGCUGUUUAUAUCUAGCCAUCCCAGGCAUAUUGUUCGGUUGUUAAAUAAUUCAGAAGCUCUUUAUAUAGUUUUCAGUGAAACCACAUUUACAAACUGUAGUACCAUGGCCUGUCAACGUGAUGGUGAAACUAACAGCUUAGUGACAACUUUUUCCCACUAUAGCAACUGUUGUCAGAAAACUAUUGUAAUCAUGGUUUCCUGAUUUCCAGCUUUCUGGUCUUGCUCUUUAAACGUAGUGAAUAUAUAUCCAUAUGAAGGACUUUUUGCACUUUUGUACUAAAGCAGCACCUUGUCUUCCCUUAGUUAAUUCUACAGUAAUUACCUGUCUGAAACAUCAUUAUGAAUUAACCUGACCUGUGAUUGUAUGAUCUUGAAUUUAUUUGUAAACCUUGCCUUUUCACGGAAGGAAGUAAACUUGGGUGCAUUAUGCUUCUUACAUAUGCAUUGUUAUUAAAGUUAAGUGUGGAGGUCAGGCACUCACUCAUCCUCAUGGCUGGAAUAUUUUAAGAGUAGUAUUGGCUUCUAGCAAUAACGAACAUUUCAUGUGAUGUAAACUGAGCAUAAAUUUUAAAAGUGGUUUCAUAUGAAGAUUCUAAAUAUUUUUAAUGAAAUGGCAAAUGUAGUGAGUAAUGUUGGUGAUAGUUUUAAAGGCCCUCUUUUCUGUAACAGAAGAAAUGCCUGUGGUUUGCUUGACAAUGAAAACUACAAUAAGAUGUUGAAAGAUCAAAUUUGAAACAGUUUGCUAGCAGGUCUGCACUUUGUUUUAAUGGUACUGCACCAAAUGAAGCAUUAUGCUAGUUCAAUCUAUUUCAGUAUAAGUCUUCCUGUUUGUUACUUCAUUAAUUCUGUAAGACAUAAUGAUAUUUUUAAUUCUCAAAGAGUGAGUACAUAGAAAACCAAUUCUCUUUACAUACAAUGUAUUAAUGAGCAAUACCUUUUUUCUCCUUUUAGCUUAAAUUUGUGAAGGAGACUAUAUAACUUGUCCUUAGUCAAAGGCCACGACUCCUGUAAUAGUGCCAUUAAGCAAAUUGCCACUAGCUUUUGUUCUUAAUUUGUGGUUUUAGAAAUGAAAGGUUUUAGAAGUUUUGGAGUCUGAUUAAUUUCUCCCCUUUAUAGUGUGUUAAAGUACCAUUUUUGUAGAGCUAGUGGAAUUUAUCAACUCUUAUUUAAAAGAACAGCCGGUUCCAUGAUGAGCACUUACAACUUCAUUGACCUUAGCUCCCUAACAAACUGUUGAGCCACAUACUAGUGGUCUAAAUUUCAUAAAUCCUUCUGUAUGGUGCAGCGGGUGUCAAUGCCAAAAAGAUUUGUUGUGCCAAUGUGUCAGUGACCACUGAUGAAUAUGGCGUCAUGCUAUGUGAGAAAACCAUGCAGGCUGUGUAACAGGUAUGAAAUACAUGCCUUUAUUAGAGCAAUGUUAUCUUUAAUGUUGAAGGAGGUAUGCUGAAGAUAAACAGUUGUUUCUCCUCUGCAAAAUGCAAUAAAUAAAUGUACAUUUAAAAGCA